UCUGGGUCAUGUGACAGGAGGCGGUGCCUAUCCCACGACCAACUUCCGUUACGUCAUUGCCGCGUCCCUUUCCGGUGAGAGUCCAAACAAGCCCAGACAUGCCCCUUGCAAAGGAUCUGUUGCAUCCCAGCCCCGAGGAGGAGCGGAGGACACACAAGAAAAAACGUCUCGUCCAGUGUCCGAAUUCAUACUUUAUGGAUGUUAAAUGUCCAGGUUGCUACAAAAUUACGACCGUGUUCAGUCACGCACAGACUGUGGUGUUGUGUGUCGGUUGCUCCACGGUCCUCUGCCAGCCUACGGGGGGUAAAGCACGUCUGACAGAAGGAUGUUCAUUCAGGAGGAAACAACACUAGCUAGGAUGGGAGUUGAGAAGAACGUGAGCUCUGUCAUCAAGUGUCACUGCUGGGGAUUUGGUGCAGGGAAGCAUGUGAUGCUCAUUAUCCAAUCAUCGUACUUACACAUUUUUGUGUCACAAAUCGUUUUGCGCAUGAGAUAAAUUAAAUGGAGGUGGACAGACUAUCAGGGAAAGAUGAGACAAACUCAGAUGUCUAAUAGUCAUUUUAGGGAAGGGAGACACACUGUGGCUCAACUUUAAAUUACAAUUGCUGUGUGUAUGAAAAGCGGAUUAUUGCAUGACUCUUGAAGAUUAAAGUAAGUAAACAUUAAAGUCAACAUUGGAUUUAGGGUGGGCCAUGUGACUUUUUGCCCUCUGACACAAAGACUUGGUGGUGGUGAAUUUUUUCUAACUGUUUAACAGUUUGCCACUUUUAAUUAAGUUUCUUGUGAAAAGUUUUUAUACAGUUGCACAAAAUCAUUAGCUAAACAUAUAAGAGGAACAAAAUGUACUUAAUAUUUUAUGCUGUUUAUGUUGUGUAUGUGUGUGCCAUGUUUAUUGACCAAAUAAAACCUGGAUAAAGUUGAA